AUGCCCCUGGAGCUCAUCGUCGGGGCGCCCUGCCACUGCUACCCGCCGGGCUCCAUGCUUUGCGUGGACGUUGCGGCCGAGGUUCCGAACUGGGCGGUGCGGUCUCCAGCAGUGGUGGUGCAGAGCCUCAACGAAAACGCCUCGGCCUACGUGGUGCGAGGUGCACAGCCCUUGACAAGCGAGAAGGGCGAUGGCUUUGCCGAGUUUGAGCCGCUUCCCACCAACCACACCUACCUGGUUCCGCUGAAGUACCAGUCGGGCAAGCAGAUCCUCUUCAAGCAGAGCGGUGGUGAGGCGACCUGGAGUGAGGGGCAAAUCGUGCAAGUCCCCUCCACGGAGAACCACUACUGCCAUGUGGUCAAGGUCCUGAAUGGCGAGGACAAGGACAAGGAGAUGCCUCUACACCUGGACGGCAUGAACAGCGGUAUCCGCGUCGCGAACGUGACGGCGUCCGCGUACGAGGAAGAGGUGCACAAGAUCAAGGCCUUCUUUCGCGCCCGGCACAGCUUCAUCCUAGAUUCCCUCUCAGGGUCGCGCUUCAGCGUCAAGGAGUGCGCGCCGCCCACGCUGAGCACGGUGACGUUUGCCACCAGCAAGACAGAGGGCAGCAUGACCAGCUCAAUGAGCAUCACGAAGCUGAUGCGCCGAUCCGCAUCGGUGGUGUCCAACACAGUCUCGCAGACCAGCAGCACCACAGCCAGUGCAGCGCUCAAGAUGAAGGCAGCUGAUUCUGGUGAUUCUCUCGCCUUCUGCUGGGGCUCCGCGUGCUACCCGCUGAUGAUGCUCAUGAUGCUCGACUCGUGCUGUGGCUGCGGCACUCAACUGUGCAGCUGGAGCUCAUGA